AUGGCUGAUCGCCGCGACUUAAUUGGGUGUACAGUAAUGUUUGAGAUGGCAGAAAAAGGAAUUGUCCCAAUUACAUUCACAAUUAAUGGAAGACCUAUCACCAAUGUGCUUUUUUGUAUUGCGUUUGAUCAGGAGGACUUGAAACUCUUUCCAUUUGUCAGCAUGGGUCACGAAGGAGUCGUUGUCGCUGCUAGGGUAUGUAAUUUGCAAAAGACAUUCAUUUAGUCAGUAGCUUGGGUCAUUUGAUAGUCUUCUCACAUGAGAGCGACAGUCACCCAUCAAAGUUGGCAGUUUAGUCAUUACUAUAACAAAAAAAAUUGGCUAUUUUUGUUCUGAUUUCAGCACUAAUAGGUUCAGUGUAACAGGACGGUAUGCGUCAUGCCUAAGUAAUUGGACAGUACGCACCAUCGUAGGCGGGCACUUGAAUGGGUCUUUAUACUUAAUAUUUAAACUCUCGGAAUAUCCCGUGUUUUAAUUAAGUUACAAAAGCUCAAAAUGUCAUAAAUUUUGUUACAGUUAUGAUUAAUUGGUAACAGAACUUCGUGUCGUCCAAUUCGGUCUAUAAUCAUACUCGUGUUACACAAAUCAAACUCCCGCUACGCGGUCGUCCGACUUUGAUAAUCACUCGCAUGAUUACAGACCGAACUGGAUUCCACUUAUUCCUAUUACCAUUAUUUUAGCUUGAAGCGGAAUAAUCUAAAUCUAAUUAACGGAUCGAUGCUAAGACAUUUAGGACAAAUUCAACCAGUUGGAAUCGCCUGGAAAUUGGCUGAAACAUACAAAGAAGGCACGGAUGGAAAAACUUAGAGAAAAUUAAAGCAGAUUGCGAUGGUGUUUUUUAAAAAAGUCUGACAGUUUUUCAGAUCUCUUUUUCUUUUUUUGUUGUAACGUUUAAUAUAAUAACGUUGAGACAUUAAUAUCAGUUAUAUCUGUUUUACACGAAGCUAUGUUUUUGUCAGAAAUUUCUAAGGUGAGGUUCCAUGGCGAAUAACGACACUUAAUGAGCUAAACUGCAGUGACAUAGCCCACUUUAACCCAUUAUCAUUAUUUUAAUAAUAAUAAUAAUAAUAAUAAUAAUAAUAAUGGUAUAGAUCAUAAUCAUCCUCACAAUCAUAAUUACAGUCAAAUUAAUGAUCCUGAUCAUGAUCAUGAACAUGAUAAUGAUAAUUUUUUAAUGAUAUUUUUUCUUAGAUGAGGCAUCGUGACAAUAUAGAUGGCAUCCCCUAUCUCCCUGCAAAUGAAGCAACAAAUAACAAAAAUAUCACAUCAUUUGAUUCAAAGUUCGGU